ACCUCACACAAGCGGCCUGUCCACGUCGCGGGCGCCUCAGGGGGUUUCUCAGACCGGAUCCAUGCCAUCUCGCGACUUGCCGCCAACGAGGAUGUCGACGUGAUUGUCGGUGACUGGCUAAGCGAGAUGACCAUGACGGUCCAGGGCUCAGGCAAGGUCAAUGCCCUCAAAGCGGCUGCCGGCAAGAUCCUCACGUUCGAGGAAAAGGUGGCCAACGCGCAGUACGCCGAGUCGUUCCUGUGGUGCCUCGAGCCCGCGCUGGACGACAUUGCGCGGCGCGGCAUCAAGCUCGCCGUCAACGCGGGCGCGAGCGACACAGAGCUGCUGGCGCAGGUCGUCCAGAGGAUGGUCCGCGAGCGCGGGCUGUCCUUGAGGAUCGCGUGGGUCGAAGGGGACGACGCCACGGGUGCGGUGAAGGCGCUGAUUGAAGAGGGCGAGGAGUUCCGGAGCCUGAUGCAUGGCCGGAGCGUCGACGAGUGGGGGGUUGAGCCGGUGUGUGCGCAGUGCUACCUCGGCGGCAUGGGGAUCGCGAGGGCGCUUGAGGAGGGCGCCGGCAUCGUGAUUUGCGGCCGCGUGUCGGAUGCGUCGCCCAUCAUCGGCGCCGCGGCGUGGUGGCAUGGCUGGAAGGCCGACCAGUUUGACGAGCUCGCGGGCAGCCUGAUCAUCGGGCACCUGCUCGAGUGCGCAAGCUACGUGUCCGGCGGCUACUGCUCAGACUUUAUCAAGCUGCUCAAGCAGGGAAAGCACAUCAACGUCGGGUUCCCAAUCUGUGCGAUCGACCACAAGGGCGAGGGCGUCAUGUACAAGGAGAAGAACACGGGCGGGCAGAUGACGGUGUCGUCGGUGACCUCGCAGCUGCUGUACGAGAUCCAGGGCCCUCAGUACUACAACUGCGAUGUCACGGCGCAGAUCGAAAACAUCCGCAUCGAGCAGGUUGGCGAGGACCGGGUCAAGGUCUCCGGGGUCAGGGGGCUGCCUCCGCCACCCACGACCAAGGUUGGUAUCACCGGCCUGGCAGGCUGGCAAGCAGAGUACCACGUAUACCUCGUCGGCCUCAACAUUGAGGAGAAGUGCCGCUGGACCGAAGAGCAGAUUCGCUACGAGCUCGGCCCCGAGCUACUCGAGAAAUUUACCACCCUCAAGUUCAUGCAGAACGGCUCGUCUCCUCUCGACGCCCGCAACCAGGACGUGGCGACGGUCGACUUCCGCAUCUUUGCGCAGUCGCGCGACCGCGACCUCUUGCGCAUCCACAACCCCCAGGGCUUCUUCCGCAAGAGCAUGGUCACCUUCCUCAUGAGCUGCCCGGGUGCCUCGCUGAGCAACGACAUGCGUCAGGCCGAGGGCAAGCCCUACUUUGAGUACCACCCGGCGCUGCUGCCGCAGUCGGCCAUCCCACAACGGGUGCACAUUUUGAGUGAUGAUCAGACUGGCCGAGAUGGCAAGACGAUUGACAUCCCCCUCGCCCCAGAGUUCAGGACGUACGAUCGCCAGCAGCCGAGCUACGAGACGCGCAACCCGCUGCCACUCGACAGCUGGGGCGAGACGGUGCGCGCGCCGCUGGGGUUGAUCGUGCUGGGACGCUCGGGGGACAAGUGCAGCGACUGCAACGUCGGGUUCUUUGUGAAGCACAACGACGAGUGGGACUGGCUGCGCUCGCUGCUGACGGUGCGCAAGAUCAGAGAGCUGCUCGGGCCCGAGGAGGACAAGGGCAAGCCGAUCGACCGCUUCGAGAUGCCAAACAUAAAAGCCGUGCACUUCCUGCUGCAUGAUCAUCUGGAUCGCGGAUACGACGCGUGUAGCACGUAUGAUACUCUGGGUAAGAACUGUCUCGAGUAUCUGAGAGCGAAGACGGUGGAUGUGCCUCGGCGAUUCAUUGAGAGGGGGACUGUCUAUUAGUGUAACUCGUUAUUUCAUUG